AUGGCCAGGCCCGCGAUGCUGGUGGUUGCCGCCCUGGCGCUGUGCCUGCUGCUGACGCCCCCCGGCCUCGCAUGGUACAAGCAGGCGGCGCGGCCGGGCUACUACUCCGUGGGCCGCGCAGCGGGGCUGCUGUCCGGCUUCCGCGGGUCACCGUACGCGCGGCGCUCCGAGCCCCUGGUGGGCACGGGACCAAGACGGGCCGGCGCCUUCCCAGAGCUGCGCCCCAGCCUGAGGAGCCUCGCCGUGUGCGUCGAGGACGUCACCCCCAACCUGCAGAGCUGCGAGCGGCUCCCCGACGGCCGCGCCACUUUCCAGUGCAAGGCGGACGUGUUCCUGUCGCUCGGCGCUGCGGACUGUCGCAGCAUGUGAGCCCCGACCC